AUGGCCUCUCUCGAGCCACAGCUCCCGUCUGAGCACGAUGAUGAUGCUCGAACCAUCACCGUUACCGGGUCUCGGGCAUCAUGGUACCGGUCUAUCCCAUUCCAGAUCGCCAUUGCGAGUGGUGUCUCAUUCACGGCACCUGGCAUGUGGGAUGCCUUGAACAACGUGGGAGCGGGUGGUGCCGCUGAGCCCUAUGCUGUUUCCGCCGCCAACGCUUUGCUUUAUGGAUUGUUUGCUAUUGUGUGUGUCGCCGCCGGUGCUAUCAACAAUCGCAUUGGUCUCAAGUACGGCUUGAUGAUCGGUGCUGUUGCUUACCCGAUCUACGGCGCUGGCCUGUACACUAACAACUACCACCCCACGACAUGGUUCCUGCUUUUCGGUUCCGCGCUGUGCGGUAUCUCCGCAGGCUUUUUCUGGGCCGCAGAGGCGGCUAUUAUCAUCGGUUAUCCUAGUCCCAGUGAGCGUGCUUUCUACCUUGCCAUCUGGCAGACGGCCAAAGCCGCUGGCCCUAUCGUCGGUGGUGCUAUCAGUUUGGGUUUAAAUGCAAAUACAUCCAAGGCAGGAGCCGUCAGCGAAGCGACGUAUAUCACCUUCAUUUCCAUCAUGUGUCUCGGUCUGCCGAUUUCGCUCUUCCUCAGUCCUGCUGAGAAGGUGCGGCGCAAGGAUCGCUCUCUUGUCGUUGUGGAGAAGAAGGAAACUUGGGGCAAGGAGCUCAUGGCUGUCCUUUCGUUGCUCGCCACACGCCGCGUCCUCCUGCUUAUGCCCGCCUUCUUCAUCAGCUAUUUCUACAAUGGCUUCCUGAGUACAUGGCUGACCACCUACUUCACUGUCCGAUCCCGUGCUUUCUCCUCAUUCUUAACCAACUUUGCUGGAAUCGCCUCCUCCUUCCUCCUGGCCAACCUUCUUGAUCGCCAAAAUAUCUUCAUCAAGACCCGCGCCAGGAUCGCCUUCUGCACCAUCGUCGUGCUGCUCACCGGCACCUGGAUCUGGGCCACCAUCCUGCAGAAGCAGUUCUACGACAUGGCCGAGCCCCCAGUCUGGGACUGGUUCACCCCCGGGUUCAACAAAUCCUACGCACUCAUCUUCUUCUGGACCUUCGCCGGCCAAGGGUUUCAACAAUUCCUCUACUGGCUGAUCGGCCAGUACAGCACGGACAUCUCGUCUCUGUCCUACCACUGCGGUAUCCUGCGCGGAUUCGAAGCUCUGGGACAGACCGUUGCAUGGGCCAUGCAGUCCGAAGGCAAUGCGAACCACUUCGUCAGCAUUGGUCUCAACUUCGGAAUCACAUUGCUCGCAUUCUACCCGACAUGGAUCAUUCUCUCUGAAUUGGAGCACAGCCACGAGGUGCAGGUCACCGCGGAUGAUAUUGUGCACAAAGGGGAUGACACAGCAGCUUGA